AGUUUUAAACGGUCAAGCAGCAGCCGGACUGGCAGCAUGAUGGCGGCGUCCUCACGCGCACAGGUGAUCUCGCUGUACAGGAUGAUGCUGACGGAGAGCUACAAGUUCCCCUCGUACAACUACAGGACCUAUGCGGUGCGGCGGGUGCGCGAUGCCUUCAGGGCCAACAAGACAGUGCAGGAUCCAAAAACUGUGGAGAGACUGAUGCUGGAGGGACAGCAGACACUGGCACUGAUACAGAGACAGGUGUCCAUCGGAAAGAUGUUUGAGACGCAGCGGAUCGUGGUGGAGGACAAAUGGUCGGCUUGAGACGAAGGCGAAGGACGCGCUGUCCCAGCAGACGACAGGAAGUGACAUCAGAGAGCGGAGCGGCUCGCUGACAUCAUCAUCAAUGGCCGCUCUGCUUCCUGUUAGACCCGAAAACUGUGUCACCUGACGGGAGGAGGUGGAGGUGUGAGAUGCAUUGUGGGAGAUGUAGGACAGAGUGAAGCUGCUGAAGUUUGUUUGGAGUUUAGACCUUUUUUUUUUUCAUGGAUGCACCGAUCGAUGAUCCUGAUCGCUGAUUUUUCAUCGAUAUCAUAAAGUGAUCAAUCACAGUUUCUUCAGUUUCCUCAUUUCAGUUUUUAGGGUUUUUUUAGUUAAAAUAAAGCAAAAUCUACGUGUGACAAAUGCUGCAACAAAUCAUUUUAAUCACCAAUCAAUCUGCCAAUUAUUUUCUCAUAUAAUCAAUAAUUGAUUGAUCUUGGAAAUAUCAGGAAAAAAACUCAAAAAUCACAAAUUAUCAAAAAAUCAUUAAAAGAAGAAAAACUCAGAAAUAAGAUUAAAGUCAGAUAUUUAUAAUAAAAAUCUAUUAUUUGAGAUUAAAGUCAUACAUUUAAGAGAAAAAAAGUCAAAUAUGUUCCAGAAAUACACUUAAAAUUUCCGAUAUCAAAGAAUAUAGUUUUGUCAAUAAAUGAUUGUUUAAUCUUUAUUCUCUAGAAAUUAAAAUAGAGACAUCUCAAUACGGCUGCACCUAACAGUUAUUUUUAUUAUUGAUUAAUCUUUUUUUAAAUAUAAAAUAUGUAAAUUCUCAGAGCAUCAAACUUUUACUUUUAAGAAUCAUGAAACAAGCGAAUGCUAAAAAAAAGGUUUAUUCACUUUGACAAAAAGACACACGUCCAUUUAUUAGCUCACGAUGGAAAAAUUGUGACAUUUUGGAAAUCUCCAGUUUAAAUAUCGGAGCUGUCGGUCAGUUUGUUAAUAAAAAGCGGCUCAGACUGAUGGAAACUGAAUUUUGAGUGCAGAUUUGUUGAUCGGUGCGUCCCUGAUUUAUUAUUGUUUUUCUUCUAGUAUUAUUUUUGUAUAACAGCACAGAGGUCGUCCACCUUUAAUGUGAUUAUCAGAGUCGAGGACAAUAAUAAUCUCUAUAAAGAACUGAAAUAUUCA